CAGCAAGCGAGGAGGCCCAUGUCGUCGUAGUGCGCGCUGCUUGCUUGCACUACUGGCUUGCGGUACAGUGACACUGUUCAGUGUGCACCACCUCACCCCAGCCACGGGGGCGAGGAGUGCUGGCGAGGCUAGAGCGAUAAAUACAUACGAGCGCUGCUGGUAUUAGAGAGAGAGAGAGAGAGAGAGAGAGAGAGAGAGAGAUGACGAUGAGGCAGUCGAGGUUCAAGAGGAUCUGCGUCUUCUGCGGCAGCAGCCAGGGCAAGAAGCGGAGCUACCAUGACGCCGCCAUUGAGCUCGGCAACGAGCUGGUGGCGCGGAGCGUCGACCUGGUGUACGGCGGGGGCAGCAUCGGGCUCAUGGGGCUCGUCUCCCAGGCCGUGUACGACGGCGGCCGGCACGUCAUCGGGGUCAUUCCCAAGACGCUCAUGACCCCAGAGAUAAGUGGCGAGACGGUGGGGGAGGUGAGGCCGGUGGCAGACAUGCACCAAAGGAAGGCGGAGAUGGCGAGGCAGUCCGACGCCUUCAUCGCCCUGCCCGGAGGGUACGGGACGCUGGAGGAGCUGCUGGAGGUGAUUACGUGGGCGCAGCUGGGCAUCCACCACAAGCCGGUGGGGCUGCUGAACGUGGACGGUUACUACAACUCGCUGCUAACGUUCAUCGACAAGGCGGUGGAGGAGGGGUUCAUCAACACAAGCGCCCGCCGCAUCAUCGUGCUCGCCCCGACGGCGCAGGAGCUCAUGGACAAGCUCGAGGAGUACGUGCCUUACCACGACAGGGUGGCGUCGACGCUGAACUGGGAGCUGGGCCACUAGGCUGCUGACACUCGCGACGCCUGGAGCGAAAAUGGACGAGACAGGCCAUGGAUCGGCGGAGGAAGCUGGCUAGUCGUCAGAUUGGGAUUCUUUUCUGUUUAAACUUGACGCGCGCAGGUGGAUUUGGAGUGCUGAAAGUUUGGUUGGUGUAGCAAGAGCGUGCGUGCGUGCACAAGGCUCUGCUCGUUUUGUAUAUGCGUGUUCGCCUCGACCGGGGGCGUACGGCGUGGACGGUGUGGUAGCAAGUUCAGAACUUGACCGGUACUCCCCACACCCUAUCUAGUAGUAGUGGUAGCAGCGGUGCCUGCCUAUGUAUGCUAGUAGUUUAAAGAUGCUGAAUCGAUUGACUACGGCAACUCAACUCAA